UCUCUGCUCCGUGGCAUCUGCAUCACAAGCUGCUGCCUGCGCUGGUUUCCGCUCCGAGCUGCUGCUGUGAGGCCACACAGGGACGGACACACACAGCGACAUGUGAUCAUCUCCUGGAUUAACACAGGACUAAUGUAUGAGGAUCCACUGGAGCCCAGAGCCGGGACCUUCACAAUAAAACAACAUCGAUGGAUUCUCCAGAUCUCUAAGCGGCUGUGCUCAAGCAUGUCAUCAGUAAUGUGAUCUGCGGGUAAAGGGAAUGCAGACUUAUCGACUCUAGCUUGUAUGUGAGCGGGAUGGCCAGGCGGGGGUUGCCGCUCCAGGGCCGCGUCCGCUGGCUCUUCCUGGGGCUCUUCCUGCUGCUGGUGCUGCUGCUGUUUGCGUACCUGCUGGAGUGCACCCCCCCAGCGGACGUCAGCCUGGCACUGCCUGGCCUGGCAGGGGAGACCUACAGCAAGGAGUACUACCAGGCCCUGCUGCAGGAGCAGGAGGAGCGCCACUCGAGCCGCGCCGCCAGCCUCAAGCGCCAGAUCGCCCAGCUCAAGCAGGAGCUGCAGGACAUGAGCGAGAAGCUGAAGCUCCUGCAGGACAAGAAGGAGCCGCCGGGGGUGCAGGGCCUGGCGGAGACCAAGGACCAGGAGCCGGGAGAUCUGCUGGAGUACCUGCACUCUCAGAUCGACAAGGCCGAGGUCAACACGGGGGCACGGCUGCCCAGCGAGUACGCCCUGGUGCCCUUCGAGAGCUUCACCUCGUCCAAGGUGUAUCAGCUGGAGAUGGGGCUGACUCGACACCCGGAGGAGAAGCCUGUACGCAAGGACCGGCGGGACGAGCUGGUGGAGGUCAUCGAGGCGGCGCUGGACAUCAUCAACAACCCAGACGAGGAGGACGGCGUGGAGGACGACGUGCCGAUGCAGAGACAAAUGUACACAGAGGUUCACUUUACUGAGGGACUGUACAGGACAGAGCGAGACAAAGGGACGCUGUACGAGCUCUUCUUCGCCAAAGAGGAUUCCAGCAGCUUCCGUCACGUGACGCUCUUCAGGCCUUUUGGGCCUUUAAUGAAAGUCAGGAGCACAUCUGUGGAAACGUCAGGAAUGAUAAUCAACAUCAUCGUGCCGCUGUCGGGCAGAGUAGAAACCUUCUCUCAGUUCUUGCACAACUUCAGGGAGGUGUGCAUCCAGCAGGACAGACGAGUACAUCUCACCGUGGUGUAUUUCGGGCAGGACGGUCUUCAGGAGGCAACGUCGUCUUUGGAAAAAAUGUCAAGGGAGGAGAACUUCUCCAAUUACACUCUGAUCCCCGUGGACGAGGAGUUCUCCCGAGGCCGGGGUCUGGACAUCGGAGCUCACGCCUGGAAGAAAGGCGACGUGUUGAUGUUUUUUUGUGACGUGGACAUCCACUUCACUCUGGAGUUCCUGUACUCCUGUCGUCUCCACACUGCACCGAAUAAGAAAGUAUUUUAUCCAGUGGUGUUCAGUCUGUACAAUCCUGCCAUAGUCUAUGGAAAUUUGGAGCUGGCUCCACCUCAUGAACUCCAACUGAUUCACAAAAAGGAUGCUGGAUUCUGGAGAGACUUUGGGUUUGGAAUGACGUGUCAGUAUCGCUCGGAUUUCCUAAAUAUUGGAGGGUUUGACCUGGAGGUGAAAGGCUGGGGUGUGGAAGACGUCCACUUGUACAGGAAGUAUCUCCGGAGCGACCUGAUCGUGAUCCGCACGCCGGUGUCCGGCCUCUUCCACAUGUGGCACGAGAAGCAGUGUGCGGACGAGCUGACGCCCGAGCAGUACCGCAUGUGCAUCCAGUCCAAAGCCAUGAACGAGGCCUCCCACCCCCACCUGGGCAUGCUGGUUUUCCGCGAGGAGAUCGAGGCUCAUCUUCGCAAGCAGGCCUUCAAGACGCAGAGCAAAGCGCAGGACUGAGCGAGCCGCUAACCAACCCAGCGUCAAUCCAGUGUUAAAGACUGAGGUGACGACCCGGACGCGUCACGGCAAAGACAUGUUUACAUUGAUCCUUCUGCGUUUCACCGCACACAGUUGUAGACAAAUGAAUGUACAGAGAUGAGCUGAUCAAACUCUACAACAUGGUACAAGUCUUAUUGCAGAGUUACAGCAGCUUCAAGAGUACAUGAUUAAAUCAAGGAUAUCAAACCUGCUGGAGGAGAAGUUACACACGUUCAAUAAGUGAUGCAUCUCCUGGAUUUAAGCUUUUGUUGCUUUUAACAUUUCAUUUCAAUAAGCACGCAGUUGUUAAAGGAGACAUAUUAUACUCCUAUUCAGGCUUGUCUUUUUAAUCUGGGUUAUAAACGGUUUACUUGCUCUUCUAUUGACGCAUCACUGUUCUCAUACUUUCCAUUGCUUCUGCUCCUCUCUUCAGUUCUGUCUGAAACGCUUUUGAUUGGUCAGACCCUUCCAGAGCCUGAAGGAAAUGUCAGCCUCCGCUUUCUCUUUCCUGGCAUUGUAAGGAGGCGGGGCUAACCCUGAGGCAUCGUCACAUGACAUCAUGAUGAUGGCGACGUGUCUUUUUGAGGGGAGACGACCUUUGACCUGCACAAAAAAACUACAUACAGUAACAGACAAGAGGAGAGAAAACUGAAAAAACACAUUAUGUCUCCUUAAACGUGGUACACAAACUUCUCAUUAAUUCAUCCGACGUGGUUCCAGCAAAGCACCUGAUGAUCAGCCGGUUUCUUCUUCAUGUUGAUUUUCUCUGCGGCUGAAAAUGACGUCAGAAAAAAAGAUGUCAGCUGUUUUAGAUGAUUUGUGUUUUCCAAGAAAACAUGCCAGCUGUCACGGGUUCGAGUGGAAAGGAAAAAGUUGUGAUUACCUAAUUAAAUAAAAGUUCCUUUGAAUCUCAACUUUUAGAUACAACCAAUCUUCCACUUAACACAGUGUUGUAUGAGCAGUUGUAAAUGGAGCCAUAUUGUUCUGUUCGUAGUUAAUAUGUGUUAAUAUAUACACAGGUUGUCUCAGACUGACAGUGAGAUUAAAAAGGGACCUUUUUUCUUUGUGUUUUGAAUGUGACGUGUCGGUCACUAUCUUCCUUUUGUCUGAUGACAGUCAUGUGUCGUCAUGGGAUCAGUAGAACAAAGGUGCAUGCUGAUUAACUAGUCGGAGAACCAGGGGCACAGAUCUGCUCCCAGCAUGCAGCGCUUUGAUUUUCAGGACCGUCGACCAGUGUUAUUGUCCGUUCGUUUCAGCUCUGUUGCAGCUCUAUGAUUUUAAUACUGGACUGCAAUUGAAUGUUACAGCCACUCUUGUACAUACUUUUCUAACACACUUCUGACUUGAAUACAUUUGUAUUUACCUACAUGCUUUAAGAGACAGGAAAUGACUGUUUGAGUCCGUGCCGACGGCUGUAGGCUCUUUUUUUUAAAUUCCAUUUAAUGAGGGAGGAUGUUUACAGCUGAACGGUUCAAUCACAGAGCACAGCUGUCAGACAAGGGCUUUAUUUUCCUCAUAAAGAAAGCAGGUCAUUCUCACAUCUCAUCCUGUACUGUAAUUAUUUUUAAAAUCAAUGUCUUUGCAGAUAUUACUGCUUUUUGUAGAUAGUCUUCAAAGUCUCCUCGUCCUGCAGGAGAAACGUUACAUGUCUUCCCCUCAGCAGUACACAACGAUCCAAACAGCAAGAACAUUGUGAAAGGAAAUGAUUUAUUGACAUUUUGGCCAUGAAAUAAAACAUACAGAAGGCUGCAGUAA